ACAUCCUGCGUUACAGGUGAAGCAACAGCUUUUUGCAGAGGCCUGACAAAGCUCCGCCCCUCACCUGACUCACCUGAGACAAACCAGGAAAAAGUUUGUUCCUGUUCAGUUCUCAGAGAGAAGAGACGCAGCGACAGACGGACGGUAAGAUUUACCUUCAUUACAAAGCUGUGACUUCAACAGAGGGAGGACAGUUACAGGAAGGAGUACUGAAGUACUGAAGAACUUUAACUGCAACCUGCAGCUGCCUGAAACACUCAGAGACUCACAGUGAAAGUAACUGAGGCAGCUUUCUACAGCAGGGAGGAAACACAGCUGACUUCCUGUUGUAACCUGCUGUCUGCUGGGUUUUCAGCUUCAGAGACAAAAUGGCUUCCAGAUCAGAGGAGGAUCUCUGCUGUCCGGUCUGUCAGGAGGUCUUCAGAGAUCCUGUUGUUCUGUCAUGUAGCCACAGCUUCUGUAAAGUCUGUCUGAAGAGCUGGUGGAGAGAAAAACAAGCACCUGAGUGUCCAGUUUGUAAGAGAAGAUCUUCAAAGUCAGAACCACCUUGUAACCUGGCGUUAAAGAACCUGUGUGAGGCCUUCUUACAGGAGAGAGAUCAGAGAGCUUCAGAGGCUCUCUGCAGUCUGCACUCUGAGAAACUCAAACUCUUCUGUCUGGACCAUCAGCAGCCAGUGUGUGUCGUCUGCAGAGAUUCAGAAAAACACAGCAACCACAGAUUCAGACCCGUCGAUGAAGCUGCACGACAACACAAGAAGGAACUUCAGGAAACUCUGGAGCCCUUAAAGGAGAAGUUAAAGGUUUGUGAACAAGUUAAAGUGAAGUUUGAUCAAACAGCAGAACACAUGAAGGUCCAGGCCCGACACACAGAGAGGCAGAUUAAGGAGCAGUUUAAGAAGCUUCAGCAGUUUCUAGGGGAGGAAGAGGAGGCCAGGAUGGCUGCAUUAUGGGAGGAAGAGGAGCAGAAGAGUCAGAUGAUGAAGGAGAAGAUGGAGGCUCUGAGCAGAGAGAUAGCAGCUCUUUCAGACACAGUCAGAGCCACAGAGGAGGAGCUGAGAGCUGAAGACGUCUCAUUCCUGCUCAACUACAAGGCUGCAGUGGAAAGAGUCCAGCAGCGCCCCCUGCUGGAUGAUCCACAGCUGCCCUCAGGAGCUCUGAUAGACCAGGCCAAACACCUGGGCAACCUGACCUUCAACAUCUGGAACAAGAUGAAGGACAUGGUCUCCUACACUCCUCUCAUUCUGGACCCAAACACUGCUGGUCCAAGACUCAUCCUGUCUGAAGAUCUGACCAGUGUGAGACGAGGAGGAGAGAGACAGCAGCUUCCUGACAAUCCAGAGAGGUUUAAUCACUGCUCUGUUCUGGGCUCUGAGGGCUUUAACUCAGGGACUCACAGCUGGGAUGUCGAGGUUGGAGACAGUACAGACUGGUUACUGGGUGUGUCAGCAGAGUCUGUCCAGAGGAAGGGAGACAUACGGACUGGAUUAUGGGGAAUCUGGUUCUAUGAAGGUAAAUACUUAACAUGGUCACCACCAGCUCCAUCCACUGUUCUCAGAGUUCAGAAGAAGCCCCAGAGGAUCAGAGUGAAUCUGGACUGGAACAGAGGAAAGCUGUCGUUCUCUGAUCCUGAUACUAACACACACAUACACACCUUCACACACACUUUCACUGAGAGGAUGUUUCUAUUCAUUAACACUGGAGUUGAAGUGAAGCUGUCAGCAGUGAAGGUCUGUGUGACAGUGGAACAGAGCAGUUAGAGAUAAAGAGGAUGAUUAUAUUCAUGAUGUAAUUUAACCUGUUAAGCUGCACCUGUCCUCCUGCUGUCUCAUUAUUCCAAACAUAUCUUUAUUUUCUUUCACUUGUUGUUUUUUAUUCUUUGUAUUUUCUUUUUCUUGUUAUUUAGUUUGACAAUCAGCUUUUUGUUUCUCCUGAUGUGAUGAAGCAGAGAUGAUUCUUAACGAGAGCUUCAAAGGUAACGGGAGUCUGCACUUUUUCCUCUCUUGUACCAAGCAGGUUACAGCAGUAAAUCUAUAAGAAUCAGACUUUGGGGCUCGUUGUUUCUGUUAAAUAAACAGAACGACUGAAUUGUGGAGAAUCGAACUGAUCUAACGAUGUGCAGCAUGUUCACACUGACACGCGAUCAUAUGUUUAAACUUUAAUAUUUGUAUUAACGAUGAUAUAUUUUUAAUCGGAUGCUUUGGCAAAAUAGUUUUCAAAACCUUCAUUCUAAUAAAGCCAUUGAAUUGAGAAUAAUGUAUUGUGUGUUUGUGAGAGGAUGAGAUCUGUUCACUUCCUGUGCAGCAGGUGAUACAGCAUGAUGAGGCGUGGUCUAAACAGAUAUACUGGCCACCGUACAGUAUUCGUUCUUUUGCUGGAGCAGUUUGGCUCCUUACCUACUUUGUGUUGUCACCUGAUUGCUUGAGAUUUGCCCCCAGGGCGGUGGCAGGUGUUGUGCAGGUGAGGUGUGUCUUUCCCAGAUAUUUCAUGAACAGCUUUUGUGAAAACGGCUUGGCCUGUUUGCACGCGCGCUUCGGAGAGGCCGACCGCCUCGUCACUAGAGGCCGGCUGACUCUGACUCUUUAUGACUAUCGAGCACUGUUAAAGAAUAAUUUGGGUAUUUUUAAAUCUAAACAUGUUGGUGUUGAAAUGACCAGUAGGUACAAGCAGUUUUGGAUCCGUGCAGUAGAUGCUUCUGCCGGAAACUGAACCGGCUGGAGUGGCUGCGUCAUAGGACAAACUUGUUUUUGCCAGCGACAGGCUCAGGCUGUUAUACCAGGUGUCUGACUACAUCAUGGGAAGGAUCCCUACGAGGGACUCCAGGUGACCCCCCUUUGUAAUGUGAGAGCUAACGUCCAGGCCACAGAGCAGCUCAGGUGUCCUUCAUAGUCCUGACCUCCAGCUCCUCUUGAGGAACGUCCCCAGUAUGUUCCGCCUUAAUAUUUCACUCAGCAUGAAAGCUUCAAGCUCCUCUGUUCUCCUGCAGAGAGGGUUAGGGUUGGUCGCUAUCCGAGUGAGUUGAGCCAUCGAUCAUGGAGGCUGAGUGUGUCCCACCAUCUACAACACUGACCUCAGUGUCCCACGGGGAAAUGGACGACGACUCCCCAACGUCCUCCAUUCCUGCUUCUUCCAUUGAGGGUAUAAAGUGGAGUCUUUAUCGUCCACUUUCUGUCCUCUGAGGUUAGCGUAUGUAUGGCAGCCUGGUCUGACAAAGACUUAGUGGUAUUCAGUGCUUCGCAGUUUGAUUGCAUUUGUAGAAAAUGUCCUAUAUUGAUCUCUUUGUACUACAGGAAGGCUCUUCUGAACAGAAUCUGACUCUCUGCGUGAUAUAAAUAAAGAUUUUUGGAUUGUUUGCGUUGUGUAAGCGGAUAAGCAGUGACACACUUUGUUUUUAACGUCACCUUUGUCUUUGUGCUUUAUAUUUGGUGCAGCAGCUGUAACAGGAUCUCAGUGUUUCCCAGACAGCAUUUGGAGACUCCCUGUCUUACUCUGGUCCGGUAUCAGCCCUCCGAUCACGAUUACAGCAGCACACAUACAGGCUCAGUCUCAGAUAUGGAUCUCAAAUUCCUGUUUUAUUGGAGUUUUAAAAUAAAAAUGAUCAACCCAGUGAGAUUCUCCGGGUCACACAGUAUGCAGUUUGUGUUUUAUUGCAACAUCACUCUCUCCUGGUAUCUUCCCAUGUUCUUAUAAUUUAAUUUGCUUCACUGCUGUGAUCCAAUGAAUCUGUGACGUACUCAGCAAAUGUUUAGCUCGGGUUUUUUGGUCUGAACCCUGGAUCUUUUUGAAUUAGUCGGAUUUUUCCCUCCAUUAUAUCCGUUACCUCCUUUUUUGAAUAAUGUUAAAAACACUAAAAUGAUUCAUCCUGCUGGAUUGUACUUUCUCUAUUCUUUGUGUCCUCCGUCCAUGUCUUCAAAUGCUUAAUAACACUUGUCACAGUUCACCCUGAGAUACACAAGUGCUAAAAUGGCCGAUGUUUCCAUGGUCUUACCUUCAGAGUUUGGAAAGGUUUGUAUUUUGUCAAAAGAAAUAUACAAAAUAUAAAAUGUUUUGUGGGUUUGCAACGUAGGAGAGAUGCAGUGCGCUCCAACAUCCCAUCCUCAAAACCAGGUUCAUAUGGUGUAUUUUAACAGG